GCUGUCUGGGUCUGAUCCUCUCUUCAAGGGCAGGGCUGGCUCCAACAGGGGUCCCAACCUAGGGUGAAUGCAGGACCCAGCCCACUGCGGGUCAGAGUGGUGCCCAGGGAGGGGCUGUAACUCUGCCAGGCUUGGGUUGAUCUUUUAUCUCCUGCUCCUUAUCUGAUGCAUCUGACAGCAGAUGGGACGCUGACAAAGGCUUGAGGUUACUCAGUAACCCUGACCUCUUUAAAAGGCCUGCUCUUCCCUGACAUUAGGACCGGCGCCCUCUUUCCUGGGUUGUGCUGCCAUGAAUGGCUUCCUGCUGUCUGUACUGUGCCUCCUUGGUGCCUGGGCUGCCCUGGCAGGGGGGGUCACCGUGCAGGAUGGAGAUUUUUCCUUUUCUCUGGAGUCAGUGAAGAGGCUUAGGGACCUCCGGGAGAUCCGGGAGCCCACGGUCGAGGGCCGCAGGAAGCUCGCGGCCCCACAGCCGCUCUGCAGCCACCCAGGGUUUCCAGAAGAGCUCCGUCCAGUCUGUAGGGAGCCCAACGUCCGGGACAUCCUGCGUCGGCUCGAGGCCAUCGCUCAGGACCCGAGCACGUGCGAGAUCUGUGCCUACGCCGCCUGUGCCGGAUGCUAGGGCAGCAUUGCUUGCUGUCUUUCCUACUCUGCAGGGAAACCCUUUCUACCGCUGGAAAGGUGACCUGUGACCCUCCCGCUCCAGCAGCUCAAUCUACCCUGCCCCAGUAUGGAGGGAUGAGAAGAGAGCUGCCCAGGGAGGGGCCGCGGGAUUAGAGGCCCCAGGCCUGAGACCGAGCUCUCCAAGAUGCACGCCAACGCUCUGCUAAUAAACCCGAUGCCAGAGUACUCCUGAUGUUGCUUCCGCUCCUUCCUUCACCCAUCAGCCUGGCCGCAAGGCUGCC